CGCGAUCGCGCGCGCGACGCGACGCGCGACGCGCGCGAACGCGGCGAACGCGCGCGCAUCGUUUCGUCCCGACGAAUCGCGUCGAGACGCGCGCGCGGGGCGUCGCGCGGGGCGCGCGCGCGAAAGGUUGACCUUUGGGACGCUGAGUCAGCGCGCGCGUCGACGCCGCGCGCCGCGCGCGUGAGCCUCGGCGCGCGUCGAGCGCGCGUCGACGCUCGCGGGGCGAUCGUUCGGUGCGGUCGACGGCACGCGCGCGGCGACGAUGACGCGCGCGGGGGCGGUGGAGCUCGAAGACAGCGCGGAGACGCUUGGGGACGCGCCGCGGCGGCGGCGGCGGCGGUCGAGGGACGGGAAACCGGCGCAGGAGGAGACGAGCGCGGCGAACGAUGGGGACGGUGCGGUCGCGACUUUGAGUUGGUGCGAAAGCGCGUGCGCGACGGUGGUCGGUGCGCUCGCGGUGCGCGUGCGAAAGGGAGAGAUGUCCCCGAGGACGAUGUCGCUGUGCGUGUUGGCCAUGUGGGCGACUUCGUUGGCGUACAAGGCGCUGUUCAUAGGGUUGCGGAUGGAUAAGAAUACGCCGCCGCCGGAUCGCGUGGCGUUGUUGGCGAUUAAGUUGUUCUUUAGCUUGAUGCGCUGGGCGCUGGGCGCCGCGCUGGGCGCGCCGGUGUGGACGCUGAAAGCGUUUUACUCGGGCGUCACGCGUCGAGCGGUGGACCGAGGAUGGGACGACGAUCUCGUGGCGAACGAAGGGCCGAGGGACUUAGCCGAUGACGUGCGUGAUAGGGUGACGAAUAAGGAUUACGAAGCAUUUGCGACUGCGGUGGCGAACGAUGAGGGUGACUGGGACGUCAUCGCCAGCGGACGCGUGGGAUGCUGCACGUACAGGAUGCUUCGCGGCGUCUCCGCCGAGGACAAGCGCAUGAUGAAGAAGGGACUCGCGAAAUUCCGCACGGAAGUCUUAGCGGCUGGGGUACCCGCGGAAAUAUUGUUCCACGCACAGACGGAUUUGUUGGGACGUCAAGCGUGGGAUAGCACGACGUUGCACCCGACGUGCGUUGAACGCGAAGACGCCGAGAACAAGGAGAAGGAGUUCACCGCGCAAGACGUGGUGUAUUGGCGGUUGAAAUACCCUCGUCUCAUGGCACCUCGUGAUUAUCUCGUCUCUCGUCGGAUGUGGUACGAUAAGAAAAAUGAGAUGGCGACAUGCAUUUGUCGCGACGCGUUGGAAUCACCGUCCGCGGUUUCGGCGAAGAACAAGCUUCAACAGAUGAUGGGAGCGCGCGCGGUGGACGUCAAAUCCAUGUACAGCGCCAUCAUGGUGGGAAAGAACGACGAAGUCAAAGGCAGUCAGUACGUAUCCAUUUAUUACGAAGAUCCCGGCGUGCCACCGAGACUCGCUCACAUGGCUGCGGCAAAAGGACUAGACGCAUACAUGGCGACGUUCAAUAGCGAGUUGCAGCGUCGCGUGCGAGCGAAUGCUCGCAUGAAGAAUUACGACGCCAUUCCCGCGCCGCCGGCGACGCGCGAGGUGCCGCACACGAGAUCAUUCCGAACCGGACGAACGAGUGUGCCGCAGAGCGACGAUGAAGGCGAAGAUGCGACAGCGGGAUCGCGCGCGGGGUCGCCUCCACUCGACGCCGAGGACGUCGCCAACAAGCUUCACUUUGCUCCGACAGAUUCCAGUCGCGAGUAUCUCUUCAGUGGACGAAAUGGGUUGAAUAAACGCCAAAGAGUCCGAAGGAGGAUCGGCAAAGUGUUGAAGCUGCUUGUUGAACUCGUUGACCCGAACUCCGCGUCAGCGGCGUCUCGACGGGCGACGGAAUCGAGCGACGAUGAAUCCUUCGACGAGCGCACCGCCGAACGCCCGCAAGGUCGAAAACGGAAAUGGGCUAGGCGAAUCGCGUUCGGCGCGCUCGUGUGGAUAGGUAAGUUUACCGACGGUUGACAACGCACGAUCACAAGCAUCCAUUCAUCGAUUCUUUUGUAAAUUACAUUCAUUCAAGAAACUUGCUACGCUCUCAUGAGAUCGAAUGCUCUUUGAAUAUUCGGCGCAAUGGAGGAUUUGUUGCCGAAUAAAAAUUGUAAAUGUCCGCCGUCGAAGUCUUCGCGAAUGAACCCUUCAGCGGU